CCUGAGUGGAGACCAGUGCGUCCCCGUCGCGCAGUGCGGCUGUGUGCACCAGGACAGGUACUACCAGAAAGAAGAGGAAUUCUACCCCAGCACCUCCUGCCGGGAGCGGUGCCUGUGCAAGGGCAACGGGGUCAUCGAGUGCCGGGAGGCCUCCUGUGGAGUAAAUGAGGAAUGCGGUGUGAAGAACGGAGUCCUGGGCUGCCACACCGUAGGCUAUGGAACAUGCCUUGUGUCUGGCAGCAAUCAUUACACAGCCUUUGAUGGAUGGGCCCUUGACUUUCAGGGCUCCUGCACUUACACCUUAGCCAAGGUCUGCAGAAGUGACUCUGGGCUGGGGAACUUCUCCGUGGUGGUAGAGAAUGAGGGUGCUGGUGGUGGCCAUGUGGUUGUGAUGAAGACAGUGGUGGUCUCUGUUCAUGAUUACACCAUCACCAUGGAGCGGGGAAGGAAGUGGAAGGUUCUGGUUGGCGGGGAGCUCUACACCCUCCCGCUGGCUACAGACGAUGGGAAACUUCGGCUCAACCAGGAGGGGAACAACAUCAUUCUCCAGUCUGCUGCUGGCCUGGGAGUCUUUUUUGACUCUGCCACCUACCUCCGAGUGUCCAUUCCCAGCACCUACAGGGGACACCUGUGUGGUCUGGCUGGCAAUUUCAAUGGUGACAAGAAUGAUGACUUCCUGCUGCCCAAUGGAACGAGCACACAAAGUCUGAGCGAAUUUAUCGCUGCCUGGAAGGUGCCCGUUGAGGGUGCCACGUGCUCUGAUGGCUGCGGUGACAGGUGCCCCGUGUGUGAUGCAGCCCAGACAGCGCCGUACCAGGCGGAGAGCUCCUGUGGGUUGAUCAAAGCCACCUCAGGUCCCUUCAGAGACUGCCACUCAACGAUCAGCCCUGCCAGGUACUUCAGCAACUGUCUUCACGACAUGUGCACCGCCAACGGGACGGGAGAGACCCUCUGCCGGAGUCUGCAGGCCUACGCGGCCGCCUGCCAAGCUGCCGGAGCCAGGAUCAGAGCCUGGAGAACGGCCUCCUUCUGCCCUCUGGCCUGCCCGGCCAACAGCCACUACGAGCUGUGCACCAGGUCCUGUGAUUUCACCUGCGCUAGCUUGUCCGCCCCUGCCCAGUGCACCGGGAAGUGCUUUGAGGGCUGCCAGUGUGACGCCGGCUCCAUGUUCGAUGGGGAGGAGUGCGUGUCCAUGGACAGGUGUGGCUGCAUGCACAGUGGACGUUACAUCAAGUCCCGGGAGAGUGUCAUUUCCAGUGACUGCUCAGAGAAAUGCACUUGCCACCCAUCAGGGGGGCUUAUCUGUGAGAAAACCAGCUGCCUCGCGGAUGAGAUCUGUGUCCUCAGGGAUGGGAUGCAUGGCUGCGUGAAGCAGGAAGGCCGGUGCAUAAUCUCUCCAGAGUCUUUGCUGUAUCCCUACGGCCCAGCCCAGAGUGACCGGCAGAACCCCAAAGCCGACGACGGAGCAUCACCGGAGAUCCCCAUCUCCAUGAGCUUCACCUUUUAUGGCAAGGACCAUCGCUUCCUCUAUGUGAACAAUAAUGGCGUGGUGUCCUUCGGCGUGACCGUUUCCCAGUACACCCCCGACCCCUUCCCCUUGGCUGAUGGCCGCCCCUUUGUGGCCCCCUACUGGGGUGAUGUGAGCAAUAUACUGGGUGGGGACGUCUACUACCGGGAGAGCCAGGACCCUGGGCUGCUGCGUCGCCUCACCAGAGACAUGAACCAGUACUUCCCAGCAAUCCCUUUCACAGCCACGUGGGCCUUUGUGGCCACCUGGGACCGCGUGGCCUACUACGGCUCCACCUCCCAGAAGGUGAACACAUUCCAGGCCGUGCUGGCAAACGACGGCCAAGUCACCUUCAUCAUGCUGAACUAUGGAAUGAUCCAGUGGACCACAGGCACGGCGAGUGGCGGAAACGCCACCACCGGCCUAGGGGGUAAACCCGCCCAGGCCGGGUUCAACAGCGGUGACAACAAAAACUUCUACAACAUCCCGGGUUCCCGCACGGAGGCUGUCCUCCGCAUCGGGCAGACGAGCAACGUCGGGGUUCCAGGGCGCUGGGUCUUCCAAGUGAAUGAUUUCAAGGUGACGGGGGUCCCCACCGAGAGCAGCAGCGACUGCUGGCUGUAAGCCUCCAGCUCAGGAGUCAUGUGCCCCGUUUGCAAACCUCAGAUCUCUGCCCCCACCCUACCUGAGCCCCCUCCCGAGGCCCAUCCCCACCAAACACCACAGCCAGGCUCCCUGCUCGGGCCACGCCGUGUCUUCUCCACAUGACCCCCUGCCUGGCUUGGAGGGGCCCUUCCUCAACCCUGCUGGGCAUCAUGCGACCCAUUCCAGCUGCUGGAAGGAUCCAGGCUGCUGCCCCAACCAGCAGGCGCCCCCGCAGCCAGCGCGGAGUGUAGUGUAGCAAUAAAGGAUCCUCUGUGAACCGCGGCUCGACUGUCUGUUCCCUGAAGGGCGGGGGACGCCUGAGGCAGUGUCUCUAUAGGUGGCAGGGGGGGAUCUGUAUUAAGGAUGUUACAUUGCAGUUAAUUGACUAGACACGUAGUUGAUGUAAUUUCCAUGGACUGCUCAAUUAGUCGAUAGGCACUUCCGCGUUCCUCCUUUCAAAUGUACAAGAGUCCCCAGCGGGACCCGUUUUGGAAAAAAACAAGGAGACUGUCCCUUUAAAAAUGGGACCUCUGACCAUCCUAGCGGUGGGGUUCAGUCACCCCUCUCAUCCAUGGCAGGUCACCCCGGCAGCUCAGUGCCCCAUGGGAUCC